CGACGGAGUAGUACAGAGGCAGGUCCAAAAUGUCAAAAAGUAAACGGGAAACUAGAUGAAGAUGUCUGUUUUACUUCGACCGUUAUCAAUGUCUUUCACAGUAAAUUAUUUUAACUGCACCACCGAAAAUAAAAAGUAAACGGCAAACAGCACAAAAGCUGCGGAGGAACCGAGGAACCAAAGACGAAGCUGUAAGGAGAAGACCAAAUGUUUAUAAAUCAGACAAAAAUCGAAAUAAACGGAAAUAUUCACAAAGCUGCGGAGAAACCAAAGACGAAGAAGCUGAUAAAGGAGAAGACCAAAUGGCCGCUCCUCUACCCCUGAAUCAACCGUCGAUCUCGCGUCAGCGUCCUUCGAUCUCCCAUUUCCUACUGCCGCCCAUCUCGUUCGGCGUUCACCUCUCGUCACGGACUUCUUGGAAGAGUUCGUUUUCCAGAUUGGAAUCUUACAGAGGUCUUAUGAGUCAGACUCGGGAAACUGAUUAUGAUGAACAGGAAGGCACUAUGUUAACUGACGGUGCUUCUGGAGUCUUCACCAAGAUGAAAGAUCGUUUUUUGAGCUUCAAGAAGGAUAAGUACAUGGCCAAUCUAGAACACUUUAGAGGUCUUGCCAAAGCCCAAGCACCAAAGUUCAUGGUGAUUGCUUGUUCAGAUUCUCGGGUUUGUCCUUCGAUAGUCCUGGGAUUUCAACCUGGAGAAGCGUUUGUAAUCCGCAACAUUGCAAAUUUGGUGCCUCCUUAUGAUAAUGGCCCUUCAGAAGUAAAUGCUGCUCUUGACUUCUCUGUCAACACACUUGCUGUGGAAAAUAUACUAGUGAUUGGACAUAGCUGUUGUGGGGGCAUUCAAACUUUAAUGAGCAUUGAAGAUGAGAUGGACUCAAGUAGCUUUCUUCAUAAUUGGGUCAUUGUUGGAAAAACUGCAAGAUCUCAAACCAAAUCCAUUGCCUCAAAACUGAGUUUUGACCAGCAGUGCAGGCACUGUGAGAAGGAAUCGCUCCACCUUUCACUGCAAAACUUGCUGACAUACCCAUGGAUAAAGAAGAAGAUGGUGGGUGGGGAGCUUUUGGUGCAUGGGGGAUACUAUGACUUUGUUAAUUGUACAUUUGAGACAUGGACGUUAGAGCGUAAGAAGAACAGCUCAAGUUUGGACAACCAUUACUGUGUUCAAAACCGGGAAUUCUGGAGUUGACUUUGCUGCCAAUACCUCUUUACUUUUUUUAAAUAUAGCUGAAACAAACACCAUCUUGGUAUCCAUUGUCAUUCAACUCUUCAACUUAUUUGUAUGUACUCGUGAAACAUUUUCAUCAAUGAUACCAUUACUUGGUGACUGUAUGUUGAUAUUUGUUUGGAGGAUCAAUUUAAAGAAACGACUGAAAUGUAGUGGUAGGUGGUGUUUUAGUAACUAACUGGAAGAACACUACGCAUGUCCUGGUUUGAGAAGCAAGAAAAGUCUGCCUUAGAUUAAUAUAUGUG